AUGCAGUGCCGCGCUUCCCAGGGAGCAAACACCGUGCCUGUAGCUGGUCCCGGCUCUGUGCUGUUCUUCCGCUACCAACUUUUCAUCAUCGUCUGGGCGCUGGUGAUCGCUGGACUCUGGGUGGCCUUUGUUUCCUCAACUGACGGCUCUCUGUAUGCUCUCGGAACCGAAAAUCCCCAAUCUCCACGAGAGCUUUGUGCAGUGAUCCACCGGGGCUAUGAGCAGCAACGGAGUUUGAUGUCCACAAAGGCUUACUUCUUGGCCACAGCUUAUGUGACUUCAUUUGUUCUUUGCGUUGGCUUUGGCAUUUUGCAGCAGCGAGCUUUCCACCGACUCAACCUGCACGCCACACAUGCAGACUUUGUUGCUUACGUGGAUGGCUUGCCACCUAUCUCCGGCUCCGAGAACCUUGAGGAGAUCCUAAAGACUGAGCUUCAGACAGCUUUGUCGCAGGAUGUAGUUGGCGUUUCGGUUGGCUGGGAUUUUGCACAGCAUUCCGACAGAAUCCUGGAGAUCCUCGCGGAAGACGUCAUGGCACUUGAGCCUGCAAGCAAGGCCGACGGCGCUGAUGAAGGUGCUGCAGGACCACAAAGCUCUGCUCGAUGGAAGUGGUUUCAAGGUAUGGACAAGUUGAUGUUGACCCAGGUCUUGGGAAUUGAUCUCACAGAGCACAGCAAGAUUCCGGCAGCUCCAGAGGCCCUUUCGGCCGAAAGCAUUUCCAAGAGUCUGGUAGCUUCUCCCGCGGCAUUGGUUGUAUUCAAGACAGAAAGUGGAAGGGAUGCAGCAGUAAACUCGAAGAAAAAGAUCUCCUUUCGAGGCUCUACACUGCAGGCGCAAGCUUUGGAAUCUGAACCCAUGGGAAUCUGUUGGCAGAAUCUUGCAAUUCCAAGAAAGAAGAAACGCGAACGGAUUUGGGCAGCCAUCAAGAUGAUCCUCUUGGCAAGUUUUGCCUGGUCAGUGCUUAUCUACAUGCCCUUUGCCCAGUAUACGUCGUCGUUCUCCUACUCAAAUGGCGACAAGCCGUCUGUAGCUGUGACAAUGUCUUUGACGAUCAUCGUUGUCCUUGGCAACCUGGUAAUGUAUACAACAUGUGCAGAAGCAGCUGGGAGGGUCGGCUUUAUGCUUCGUGACUCACAGGAGGGAACUUACAUGGUCCUGUACACAUUUUCCAUUUUGGUGAACAUAUUGCUGGAUGCAGCCCUGACUGGGAGUAUUGCCUAUCGCACAGCCGUUGCUCAGCGAGCGCGGACAUAUGGCGGAACACUCAUUGCAGACUUGACCCGCGCCCAAGCGAUCUUCGAGAGUUUUGAAAUCCAGCGGCAACUUGGCCUCGCCGUCUUUAAGUACUGCUGGCCAGCAAUGUUCCUCAUCCCCUUUGUAGGAGAAGCCGUUGGUGCAAAUUGCUUCACACUGCAUUUGGCACGCCUAGUGGUUUUGAGCUUCUCACACAUCAAAGGCUUCAGAGCACAGCAGGCUCUCAAGAUUCUGGUGCCUAUGGAUUCAGGGAGAUAUGCAGAUGUUCUCAUCAAUAUCACAGCUGCAGUCCUUAUUUUCUUCCUGCCUGGCGGCUACACGCUGCCCCUCUUCAUAGCUCUGGCGCUGUCACGCGUGUUCAUUAUACGCUUUGACCACUACCGGGUACUGCGAUGUGUGCCGUCAUUUUGCUUCUGCAGUUCAGUGGUGGAUGAUUAUGGACAGAUGCUCUUGAUCCUGCCCUGUGCUUUGACACUUGCCGCUUUCGUCCUCAAAGCCAACUGUACUGUAUCCUCGAGCUUUUGCGUCCAGGACACUUCGUUGGGCUUAUCCAUGCUGCUGGCGUUCACUCUCCAUGUUGCCGUGCAUUGCAAGUCAGGGCUGAUUCGUGUGCCCCAGGCCUUUGCUCGUUUCCGCUCUGUAGACAGAAGAGAAAUCAAUGUCUUUCUACGAAGAUCAGCGCAAGGUGGUCAAGGAAAGGUAUUUCCCUUUUGCUCUUGGCUAGUUGAUGGAGGCUGUCGGCAGGAAGCAAGGCAGCGAAUAGAGCACAUGCAGCAGGCACUGGAGGCCGCGAGUACCAAGAGGUCGUCCCAAAUGGAGGCCGUCACAUCACGCUUACACCGAGUCACAUCAAUGGAGCAGGAGCUCAUUGCAGCAAAGCAAGAGCUCCAAGGUGCAGUGGCGGCAGCGAACAAGUUAAGAGUUUCCGUUGCAAGGACCACAGCUGAAAACGUCAACAAGGAAGAGGCCUUGCUGCAGCGCUUUGUCCAGAUGAAAUCUGAGCUUGAAGAGCACCAGGAAUUGUCCAAGCAGCAAGAGCAGAAGCAGAAAGUCUUGUUCGAUAAACUGAACGAGACCCAGCAGCAAAGACCGAAGACGAGGGUGCAAGCCGAACAUGCAAAAGCAAAAGGUGCAGAAUUGCGGAAGAUAGCUGCAGAGCUACGGGCAUCCUUAGAUGCAGCCAAAGAAGCUGCAGAUGCAGAAGCUCUGAGAGCAAGCGAGAUGGAGAAGAAUCUAGAGCAGCAACGGAAGGAUCUGCAGGAACUCGCGGAAGAAGCAGCCCGCCAGGAAGUCAUUGCAGCUGCAAUGAAGACAGCCUUGAGCGAGCAAAGGGCUAUGCAUCAAGACUGUGUCAAGGCGCAGAAAGGGCAGUCAACAUCGACAAAAGAGCAAGAGUUGCAGGUUGAGGAACAGGUGAGAGAACUCCUCGCCAAACGAGCAGAGCUGGCCAUCAAGCAAGAGGCAGUGGCCGCUGCCUGCAGUGUGGAAAAGGAGAGAUUGACAGAGCUGCGCAACGAAUUUGAGGAGGUUCGCACUGCCACUUCGAAGAAAAUCGAGGAUGCUUCCAAGGAAAGCACCGAGGCAGAGAAGAAUGUCCAGGCUUUGCACCAGGAGCAGAGGAGUCUUCAGGAAGAGUACCGUGUGGUGAUGGAUGACAUGAAAAGCCAGGUUAGCAAAGGCAAUGAUCACUACUCCAAAUUACAGGAGUUGGAGGAGGACAUCAGAACCUUUGACGACGAAUCGGAACUCUUGACCCUGGGCCUCCAUGAUGCAGAGCAUCGGAAGACUUUCCUUCUGCAGGAGCAUGAACUUUUGCGGAAGACUUCUGGCAAUUUCCACCCGAAUCUCCUUCAACAGUGGGCCAAAGAGGUCCUGGGCCUAAGAGUGGCUGCCCAGGUAAAGUCAUACGAGGAUGAACUGGAACAUUGGAAGCAAGCGGCCAGCGAGGGCCAGCCAGAAGCCCCACCCAAUGGCAGCAGCCAUCAGAAGGCAGCAAAAGAGCUGCUCCGCCAAAAGGCAGUUGCACUGGAGGAACAGCUGGCUGCAAAAGAAAAGCAGCUAAAAGAGUUCGAGAAGCAAACACAGCAUGAGGAAGUUCCGGGCAACAUCCGUUCGGUACCUUCUGCACUGCAUGGUUCGCUCUUUCUCGGACCAACACUGUCCAAGAUGGAAGCUGUGCAGCGACGAGCUCUGGUGAUAGGUUGCAACUACUGCAGCUCCUUUGCUCCUCUACAAGGGUGUGCCAACGAUGCAUGGAACAUCCAGUGCUUGCUGCGGCAGUCCCUGCAGUAUCCAGAGAGCCAGGUCCGAUCUUUGAUCGACUUCUCGGAUUCGACUGCAUCACCUCCAAAAAGGCGUCCCACGAGGGAGAACAUCAUCGCAGAAUUGCAAUGGCUGACUCAAAGUGCAAAGCCCGGGGACAACGUUCUCUUUUACUUCAGUGGCUACGGAGCUCAACAACCAGAGUCUCAGACUGAUGGGCUCUACGAGGGACACCUUGUGCCAAUGGACUUUGCAGACAACUUUCCAGAGGACAUUGUACAUGAACUGAGACACUGCAAUACCUCAGCGGACUCGCGCUUGUCGCCCGACUCAGCUCAAAGGGCUGUUCAAGCCGGUGGCUACCGUCUGGUUCCGAUGUCUUUAAUCACUUCUGCUCUUCAUUCCCUUCCUCCUACAUGCAAGGUUACAAUACUACUUGACUGUUGUCAGAGCUCUGUUGUUCCACUGCUACGGCAUUCUGAAGCUCGCUCGCUUGGUCCUGGUCCAGGGCCACCUCUCUUCAAGAGGCUCGCUCCAAAUGUUCAGGAGAUACCAGCAGAUGCUGUCUCGUCUGCGAAGAUACGGCUGUUGAACCUACCACCUUUGCCUGGUGGACAUGGCUUGGCCAGGCAAAUGGUGUCUCCAUCAAGUUCCCCCAGCAGCAGAUCUUCAACGCAUGCCUCACCACACCACAUGAGCUCCCCAGUUUCUGAGGCACAGCCUUCACCUUUGGAGGCAACUCAGCGUCAUGGGAAUGUGGCCCGUGGUGGUCCAUCGUGCAAAUGCUACAGCUUUGCAACCUGUCAGAACGACCAGGUUUGUUGUGAGCUACCAAUUGAAGGGUGUGUACAGGGCGCUGGGACAUGGGCCUUUGUCAAAGCUGUUGCCGCUUGCCACUUUAGUGUAUCGUUGGCUCAGCACAGCAAGGCAACGGACAGCAUCUUGCAAAACUUACGCAGAAAGUACAGGUGGAUACAACAGACCCCUGUGAUUCAGCUCUCCGCAUCAGCUAAUGUUGAGGAGGGACCUGCAACAUGUUCUGCUUCAGUGCUUUGA